AUGCCACCUCAUGGUUACACGUUCAUACCCUCGUCGCUGGACGGGGUUGAAGACGCGGAGGACUACCAACCGGGUGGAUUCCAUCCCAUAGCCAUUGGCGACAGCUUCAGUCAGUCCCGCUACCGGGUGGUGCACAAAUUAGGCUAUGGUGGAUCAUCUACCGUAUGGCUUGCACGCGACACAUGCGACGGCGACCGACUCGUUGCCCUCAAGGCCAUGCGUGCUGAUGCGUCACCCAAACAUACAGACGAGAUUUUGUCUCUCUCCAUUGCAGAACUGCUUCGUGCAGUCCCACCACUCUCAAGUCACAUCCUACCCGUGGACGAUCACUUCUUUGUGCAAGGCCCGAAUGGCACCCACAUGUUUCUUGUAUCCCCCUUCGCCGGUCCAAAUCUCCUUGCAAUGUCAGAUUGUCCAGGGCGAGUGAUUGGUAGUAGGCGGUUGCGUGCGGAUCUGGCGCGAAAGGUGGCAAAGCAGACCGCGAUGGCGCUUUACUAUAUGCAUAGUGCGGGCAUAGUACACGGAGAUUUGACAACGUCGAACAUCUUAUUCCGCCUUUCGCCACAAGUGCGCACAUGGUCGGACGCUGAGUUGUACAGGCACCUCGGGCGGCCUCAGACCGAGGAGUUGAGAACUUGGGACGGGACGCCACGACCCUCUGGCGCGCCCGCUGAACGUGUUGCUCCCAUUGAUAACCCCCGAUGGACGGACGCGUCAAUUCUUCAAGAGAGCAUAGCCCUUGGCGACUUCGGCCAGUCAUACGUUGUUGCAUCUCCGCCGCCCGACUACGAACCCGCUACUGUGUUCAACUACAUCUCGCCGGAAGCACGGUUUGAGGAUCGUGCGGGCUUGGAGGCAGACGUAUGGGCCUUAGGGUGCGCCAUCUUCGAGAUUCGUGCGGGCGCGGCGCUCUUCGAGACUUUCCUUCAAAGCGACCUAAGCGUGCUCAUUGAGACCGUCUCGUUAUUGGGGCGUCUCCCUGAUCCAUGGUGGGGCAUGUUUACAGAGCGUUCUACUUGGUUCGGCGAAGACGGAGAGGCAAAGAGUGCGGAAGAACAAGAACGCGCGGGUGGUCUCCGGGCACGGAAGACCUCCAUUCGCGAACAACUACGUCUAAUCGGCGCGGGAGUUGAUGCGCCAUUGAGCAGCGACGGGCCGAUGAUAGAACAAACCGGUGUUAGGCUGCGAGAAGAAGAGGUUGAUUUGCUUGGGGAUCUGUUGGAGAAGAUGUUGAAGUAUCGCCCUGAGGAUAGGAUCAGGAUAGACGAGGUGAUCAAUCACCCGUGGUUCAACUAUGCGGGUUGA